CUGAUCCACAAACGGAUAUAAUCCGGUACAGUUUAACGAUAAAGGCAUAGAAUGCUUUUAUAAUGUUUGUGUUAUCACGUUUGAAAUACUAAUUCGGAGCGAUUAGCGGUUUAUCCAACAUCUAUUCAUCCGCGCAUGCCUUAUAUUAUAAUAAGUAUAAUAAUAUACAUAUACAUGUGUUUAGGGGCUCACGCGUGCGUUUGUGUAUUCUUGCGUGAAUAUCGUUAAAGUACAUUACAACGUGUUUGUCAACAUCCUCACACGGAAUCUCGAGAGGAAUCUGAUAGGCGGUGCCUCUGUAGAACAUCUCGAUAUCGUCAUUGCUCUUAUUUUGGACUGAGGUCAGACGCCCCUUAGUCACUUGAUUUAUGUGGCUUUUCCUUUGACUUCAUCACACCUCGCGUUGGUGAUCUUUAGAUGGCAGUCGUGACGUGUUAGAUCCCGUUUAAGGAAAUCCACAGCUUGGUGUGAGCAGGUGUUUAAACCCCAAGCUGGUCCCUCCCAGCUGUGAUUGCAUAAGACAUCUCGGGAUGAGCUGUGGCUUAAGAGCCCCAAAUCACCUCUUAAGAAGAGCCAGAGAUGCCUCACUGUGCUCACUGUAGAUAUUUCCAUGGGUACAGCUUUGCAGGCUCAAUAGCUCUUUCAACUUCUGCCUGAAAGCAAUGGCAUCCAUACUGGAUAAUUUGUAAGAUACCAGAUGGUAUCCUGAUGAUCCUGGCUGGGAGCAUUACCCCAGCUGCACACACAUUGGCGAGCAUUAUAUUUGACCUAUUUGGAUUUUGCCCAGCUUUGUUGCCUAUAAGGCUCUAAUGUGGUCUGCCUUCAUUACAGUGCACAUGGUGUCAUUAGAGAAGUGGAACGAUUUCACCCAAAAAAACAAUAAGUUAUCCCGUUACAUACAUUCAUCGAGCCUUUGUAGUCAUUAUGCGAAUCAGUUUCUGCCAGGCCCUGUUAACAGGAGCCAUUUUGCUAAACUUGGUGAUCCUGUAUUAUGUAUCCCAGGCCCAGCAACAGAUGAUGGAAAAACGACGUGUACAGGGGAAAGGCAUAAAAAAAACCUUCCAAUCAGUGCCAGGCCCGGGGGCCAUGACCAGGGACAACAAAGCAGGAGGCCUAGAGGGGAGUAUGCAACAUUCUCAUAUAACAGUUAUCCUCCGUGAAUUUGAAGACUUUGAGAAUUAUGUAGGAGAUGUGGCCCAGUCCUUCCUGCACCACAUGCCAGAGCUACAUUUCCUGAUAGUAGCGGAUACCCUGCCUUACCCUCCUCUUACACUGCCUGAGAAUGUUCAUUUACUGGUACUGUCCCCUAGCCCUGAAAAUCCUCCCCAAACGCAUCGACCAGAAACCCAUGUGCAAUCUGAGUUUGUGCUGCUUGUGCCUGAUGGUGUUGAAUUAGAGCACCUGCAGGACCUUGAGAGGCUCGUUCAAAUUUUGAAGGUUGAGGGAGAUGGCCCAGUGCGCCUAGUUGCAGCUCCAGUGCUAACCCGUGCUUCUGUCCAGUGCUUGCAGUUACAAGUGAACCUCAAGGAAUGGACAGCUAAAUACUUGCUUGAGGCAUCUGGGAAUGGUGAACGUUUGUGUGCUGCUUUGCUUGGUGAUGCUGUCAUUCUUAUUCGGACUAAGGACCUUUUCAACCUAUCAGUCCCACUUGCACGCCCGCUGCUGUCUGCACUGUUUAUUCAGGCUGCACUUAGAGGCUGGAAGGUUAAACUUAUGGAGGGACCUUUCUUUCCUUCCAAACACAGGCCUCUCUUUAGCUCUGCACACAACCAGUGGAAGGCAGACUACCACCUCAAAGAGGCUACUAGUAAACUAAUGAGAAACUUUGGUAUUAAGCACUUGGUAUGGCCUGAUGGAAGGGACCAGUGGUUUGGCUGCAGCAAGGAGACAUCACGAUGCUUCGGCACAGUGCACGAUGACACACCGGAGUACCUCUAUUUAGACCGAUGGACUCCACCUUGCUGCUUGCGUGCUCUCCGGGAAACUACAAAACAUGUCAUUAAUAUUCUGGAGAGUUCCGGUGUGCGCUACUGGUUGGAAGGGGGUAGUUUGUUAGGAGCAGCCAGACAUCAAGAUAUUAUACCUUGGGACUAUGAUGUUGAUUUGGGGAUCUACCAGGAGGAUGUGACUAACUGUGAAUAUCUUAGGAACCUUGACUCAGGCUCCCUGGUGGAUGCCAAUGGGUAUGUUUGGGAGCGGGCAGUUGAGGGAGACUUCUACCGUAUUCAGUACAGCGAGUCCAAUCAUCUGCAUGUUGAUCUAUGGCCUUUCUACUCUCGAAAUGGAAUUAUGACCAAGGACACAUGGACUGACCACAAACAGGACGUAGAAUUUCCUGAGCACUUCCUGCAGCCACUGGUCCCCAUGCCAUUUGCUGGUACCACUGCUUAUGGACCCAACAACCACCGUGCCUUCCUGGAGCUCAAGUUUGGGGAAGGAGUGAUCGAGAACCCACAGUAUCCUAAUCCUAACAAAAAACGUCUAAAAACGUAAUGUGUUGAUUGGAAGGUUAUGUAUUGUCCCUGCUGACUGCUUUAAAGCUCCCGUUCUUUUGUUGUGGCAUACACUGUAGACAUUUGGGUAUGAGAUCAAAAAAGUGAUGCAAGAAUACAGAUUUCUGUCAAAACAAGAAUAAAACUCAAAUAUUCAAAAUUAUCUGAGCCUCAUAUGCAAAGUUUGAUCUUGAAACCAAAUGUCUUCAGUGUAUGGCAAAAAAAAAAAUGCCAGUAUUGUUUAAAUAAGUAUUGUGUAGCUGUCUACCACAAUAUACUGUAUUAGUGUCAUAUUUAAAUUAAAUAAUCACUAAUAAAUUAUUUCAAACUUUCAAA